AACGAGUUGAGGUUUCCUCCCUAUCCACCCAUUUUCAUUUAUCGGUUCGCCCUAUCUCCCCUCCCUCCUUUCUGCCGACCUCAAUUCAUCUACGAUGAUGCGGCAGAGGUUAUCGUGGAGCCUGAAACCUGCGGGCCGCCUUCUCACAACCUCACCGGUGUUAUGGAGGGCUUUCACCUCCACUCCGCGAGUGUCCGCCACGGUGGAAAUCACUAUUGACGGAAAAAAGGUCGAAAUUGAGGCGGGAGCGGCUCUGAUUCAAGCUUGUGAGAAGGCGGGAGUUACCAUCCCUCGGUACUGCUAUCAUGUAACUCCCCCCUCGACGACUCUUUCGCGAAAAAAGUGGGGCAAAAUAUCCGAACAGCAGGCUGAUGGCUUCAACAGGAAAAGUUGAUGAUUGCUGGAAAUUGCCGUAUGUGUUUGGUUGAGCUUGAGAGAGCGCCCAAGCCGGUGGCGUCUUGCGCUUGGUUGGUUAAAUGAGAUCUUGGUUUGGAAGGGGGACUGCUGACCGUAUUACAGGCCUGUACAAUCUGGCAUGGUGGUCAAAACUAAUUCUCCAUUAGUGCACAAGGCUCGAGAGGGAGUAAUGGAAUUCUUACUUGCCAAUCACCCACUGGACUGCCCUAUCUGUGACCAAGGAGGCGAAUGUGACUUGCAAGAUCAGUCAAUGCGCUAUGGCGCCGAUAGAGGCCGUUUCCAUGAGAUUGGCGGAAAACGUGCUGUGGAAGAUAAAAAUAUUGGCCCCCUUGUCAAGACAUCUAUGAAUCGCUGCAUUCACUGUACCCGUUGUAUUCGGUUUGCCAAUGAUGUUGCCGGUGCCCCGGAACUCGGAUCUACUGGAAGAGGGAACGACAUGCAAAUCGGUACUUACUUGGAGAAGAAUCUCGACUCAGAACUCUCUGGAAACGUUAUUGAUCUUUGCCCUGUUGGAGCUUUGACUUCGAAGCCAUACGCUUUCCGUGCGAGACCUUGGGAGCUAAAGCCUGUUGAAUCAGUUGACGUUCUCGAUGCCUUGGGAUCGGCUAUCCGUGUGGAUGCUAGGGGGAUGGAAGUCAUGCGUGUUAUCCCUCGAUUAAAUGAUGACAUUAAUGAGGAAUGGAUUAACGAUAAAACCCGUUUUGCUUGUGAUGGACUCAAGACUCAGCGAUUGACUAUGCCUUUGGUAAGGAGAGACGACAAGUUCAUUCCGGCUACUUGGGAACAAGCACUUGGGGAAGUUGCAUCGGCCUUCCGGAAACUUCAGCCCAAAGGGGAUGAGGUAAAAGCUAUUGCCGGCCACCUAGCUGAGGUAGAGUCUUUGGUGGCACUCAAAGAUGUGGUCAAUAGACUUGGGUCAGAGAAUCUCGCUCUUGACCAACCGCUUGGAAACCAACCCCCGGCACACGGUAUCGAUAUUCGCACCAACUAUCUAUUUAACUCUAAGAUCUACGGUGUAGAGGAGGCAGAUGCCAUCCUCCUUGUGGGAACUAAUCCCAGACACGAGGCUGCAGUUUUGAAUGCUAGAAUCAGGAAACAAUGGCUCCGAUCUGACCUUGAAGUUGGGCUUGUUGGCGAGAACUUUGACAGCACAUUUAAGAUCAACCAUCUCGGCCAGAACGUCGCUUCCCUGAAGAAUGCUCUUGCCGGCGAAUUCGGCCAGAAGUUGCUAAAUGCCAAGAAGCCUAUGGUCAUCGUCGGCAGCGGGGUCACAGAGCACACAGACGGAAAAGCCUUCUACAAGAUCAUUGGCCAAUUCGUAGACAAGAACGCCGACAAGAUCAUUACCCCAGAAUGGAAUGGAUACAACAUUCUCCAACGCGUAUGACCCCUCACCCCUUCAGGCGCUGCCAUACAUAAUUCUGACCUAGUCUUAGGCCGCCUCCCGCGCCGGGGCCUACGACAUCGGUUUCGUUCCAUCCUCCCCCAAGACCUCCCAAACCACCCCCAAGAUAAUCUGGCUCCUGGGCGCCGAUGAGAUAUCCCCCAGCGAUAUCCCCAAGGGUGCCUUCGUGGUCUACCAAGGCCAUCACGGCGACGUCGGGGCCCAAUACGCAGAUGUGGUCCUCCCCGGCGCGGCAUACACCGAAAAGUCCGGAACAUACGUUAACACGGAAGGCCGCGUCCAGCUAACCAGAGCAGCAACCAGCCUCCCGGGAGUCGCUCGUGAGGACUGGAAAAUCAUCCGCGCAGCGAGUGAGUUCUUGGGCGUCACUUUGCCCUACGAUUCCUUGGCCGGGUUGAGAGCUCGCAUGGAGGAGAUCUCUCCGGCGCUGACGCACUACGGCAUUGUUGAGCCCUCGUCCCUCGCUGCGGUGGGCAAUAAAGUACAGAUAAUGGAUGCAAAUAAGGGAGCUAAAGCUAGUGAGGCGCCCCUGAGGAGGGUUAUUGAAAACUUCUACUUUACGGACGCUAUCUCUAGGAGGUUUGUUCCCACAUCUCAAUACUUGUUCCUAACGGAGCAGUGGCAGCAGCGUUGACUAAAGUGUAUAAAUAUAGCUCCCCGACAAUGUCUAGAUGCUCCGCCGCAAAGAUGGCCAAAAGUGGUAUCGAGGCAGAUCCUAGCCCUGGGGAGGCGGCGUAUGCCGCGAGCGGGUAGGUUCCUAGAUGCCAUUGUUAAAUUAAAUGAAUGCCAUCUUUGUCUUUUCCCCUCCCCCUUUUUUCCUUAUUACAUUUCUUUUCUCAUCAUACUUUUGCAAACUUUAUAUAGCUGGUGUGUUGUCAUAAGUUUCGUUGGGAAGGUGAAAUAAGGUGGGAGGGAAGAUCAUUUCUUGUAAUUAUAAACUUCGUUCACAUUGGACAUUUUAUAUCAUUUGCUAUAUAGAUACUGUUGUCAUACACUAUGCACCCCUUAAAGUUGGUGUAAUAUUGCGGAAGAACGGUAAUGGGGAUGGUAGUCUAUAGAUACCGGUGGAAUUAUCUGGUUGUUGGCUACAGUGUGGUGCUAAUGAUAUCAUACUGAGAAUACUUCACCUUCACAUUUUUCCAAUUUCUCAAUUGCCAUAAACUGCUCGGAU